AUGAAUCCUCCUGAGUUCCAUGGUGGAUUAAAUCCUGUGAAGGCUCAUGAGUGGAUAACCAACAUGGAGAGGAUCUUUCAGAUAAUGCAUUGUAGUGAAGAGAAUAAAGUUGUGUUUUCUUCUCACAUGAUGAGGGGUCCUGGUGUGAGGUGGUGGGAAAGUGCUUUGACCCUUAUGAACAAUCAAAGAGUACCUAGGGAUUGGGAGCAUUUUAAUACUACUUUUAUGGAUAAGUAUUUUCCUAGAUCUUUAAGGACUCAAAAAGAGUUUGAGUUUCUGCAACUUAGAUAUGGUACUAUGACAAUAACUAUGUGUGCUGAAAAGUUUAAAGAUAUGGAUGCUUAUUCUAGACAUGCUGUUUAUGCACCAUAUGAGAAGUGGAAAAUCGAUCAGUUCCUUUUUGGUUUAAGAGGUGAAAUUUCUCAUAGUAUUUCUCAUAGAGAAUUCACUCCUUGUGCUGAAUUGCUAAGGCAGUGCUAUGUGGCUGAGAGCAGUUCAAAGAAAGUUCAGGAAGAAAGAGAUCAGUAUAGGAUUGGACAGAAGGACCAGGGAAGUCCAAGUAACCAUUUUAGGCCUAGACCUCAACCUUUCAAAGGAAAACAAGUACAACAUGCAAAAUCUAACCACCCUCUGCAAUGUUAA